AAAGUUUAUUUCUAAUCAGGAAUAGGUUUCAUAAUAGUAUUAAAGUGUCAAUUUAAAUCCAGUAAGUAUCCUCAGGGAACAGCCGUAGAGGUUAGACACACACAUUUUACAUAAGGCCCUACAUAACCUGCGCGGGCGCUCCGUGUUCCACUCAACCGCAUUUGAACGCCCGAGUGCGGCGCGCGCGCACGUCCCGUCCGCCAUCUUGGAAUCAGACUUUGUGACAGUGCUAGUGUGUGUUUGUGAUUGUGUGUUUUGUUUUGAACCGCAAAAUGCUGAAACAGAAGAUCCGCAAGAAACGAUGACGAAUGUUACCAUGUGCAAAAUAAAAUACUCCGCAAAAGUACUAUUUAGUUUAAAGUGAGUUACAAACAUUUAGAAGUGACCAACGAACGUUUUGGACAACGAAGUGUUAUACUUGAAAACAAUAAAAAAAACUGUGUAGUGUUUAUAAGUGACAGACAGAAAUUGUGACAAAUAGUGCCGACAAAAGUGCCUAAAAAAACAUUGUGUUGUGUCACCGACUAUGUGUUAAGUGUCUGUGGAUUUGAGAGUGUACGCAAUGGAUCUUCACCCACCGCCCCUGAUUGUUCAUGGAUAUGAGCCCCAUGCUCCCCUUUUGGAGGUUGAGGGUCUGGACCCUCACAGUCCGCAGCAGAAGGUGUUGAUUCAUGCGCCGACGCUGCAGAGUCAGGAGUUGAUGGGAGACCAUAGGAAUGGAGAGUACGACUUUUCAGAUGAGCAGUACCACGCGCACAGCAGUAACCAGAGCGGAGACGGUCACGGCGGAGUAAAUCAACUAGGCGGCGUAUUCGUCAACGGCCGACCACUGCCAGACGUCGUCCGACAAAGGAUAGUCGAGCUAGCCCACAGCGGCGUACGGCCCUGCGACAUCAGUAGGCAACUGAGGGUGUCGCAUGGUUGUGUGUCGAAGAUACUAUCUAGGUACUACGAAACUGGGAGCUUCAAAGCCGGCGUGAUCGGCGGCUCGAAGCCCAAAGUUGCCACGCCACCCGUGGUCGACGCCAUCGCGGCGUACAAGAGAGAGAACCCGACCAUGUUCGCGUGGGAGAUACGAGACCGGCUGCUGAGUGAAGGGAUCUGCAGUCAAGACAAUGUUCCAUCUGUUUCUAGUAUUAAUAGGAUUGUCCGCAACAAGGCGGCAGAAAAGGCGAAGCACGCGCACAACCAACAGCAGCAACAAGAACAAGAAAUCUCCUCGGCGCAGGGCAGCGUAGUAUCCGUAAUAACCCAUUCGGGUAACGCGGGCACGACAGCUGUCCUAUCCCCGACGACGGAGCAGCAUGUACCCAACACGGGCAGCUAUAGCAUCAACGGUAUCCUGGGCAUUGAGCAGGUCGAGGGUCUGCAUAAUGGCAACGGGCUCAAGAGAAAGCGGCAUGAAGACCAAGAUGAAAACCGAGACUUCAACAGUCAUUCCGAAGACGACGUGAAGCGACAAAGGAGUCAUUAUAACGGCGAUCAAAUAUAUUCUAAUCUCUGGUCAUCAUCGAAAUGGAGUCUCAAAGAUGAGUACAAGCUUCUGUCAGAGCUCGGCGGCGCGGCGGGCGGGGCGACGGGGUACUACGGCGAGUUGUUCGACACGCCGUACGAGCACGCCGCGCAUCCACACUAUACUCCUCAUUCAGCUACAAACGACUCAACGGGUUCAAACGGCGGCGCCGGCGGUGAACCCCCAUCGGCGGCGGCGAGCCCCGACGCGGCGGCGCUAGUAGUCCUCCAACCGCCGGCACCGCCUUAUCCUCCGUACGCACACUAUGACGGCGCAACGACAUUAGCGAGCGAGUACGCGUACGCGGCCCCGUACUCGCAAUACUCGCCGUACCCCGCCCCGUACUCGCACACCACCGGCCUGCUCACCAAGUGGUAGGUAUAUUGUAUCCGAUACUCUAUAAAUAUUUCUUACUUUAACGACCGGUCUAGCUUAGUGGUAUCCUGCCUUUGAAUCCGAUGGUCCUGGGUUCGAAUCCAGGUAAGGGCUUUUCCUGAACAGCUUAUCCAAACAAGUAUAUUCUAUUUUUUUAUCCCGUAGACUAAAAUGACAUUUCAUGUGUUGCUGGUUUUUUACGUCUUAUAAAUAGUGAUGUGCUACAACCGGUACUAACCGAAAAUAAACUAUUGGGAGUUACUUAUAUAGGCAUGUAACACCAUUUUGAGGCAUUUAGAAAGUUUGUAUCCAGGUCUAAACACAAUAUUUCUAAUAUUUAAAAGCGAUUUUAUUGUAAGAUUAACAGUCACCUCGAAGCUCAUAAUGCAAUUUUCAAAUGUUUGAGUGGAU